AGGAAAUUAAGUUGUUGACCCCCAAAUACAUAGAGAAAGCUAAUUGACAACAAUACAUAACACUGCAAAAGCCAGCUCUUUCUUCAUGGAAGUCGUGGCUGAAAAGAUUGUAGCAGAAGGAACCUAUGAUCUCUUCUUUCCAAUCCUCCUCUUAGCCAUCAUCUUCCUCAUCCUAAAACUUUUCAAAUCUAAUUUCCUAUCAGAAAGUACUCUACCACUUCCACCAGGACCAAGUCCAUGGCCAAUCUUGGGCAAUAUUCCUCAUAUGGGAAAAAAGCCUCACAUCACUCUAGCAAACUUUGCUCAGACUUAUGGCUCACUCAUGUCACUGAGACUAGGAACUCAAAUCAUGAUCAUCGGAUCAUCGGCAACUGCUGCAGAGGAAAUUCUCAAGACCCAUGAUCGAAUCUUAUCUGCACGAUAUGUUCCUCAUGCAGUACCAGCUAAGAGCCCAAAAUUCAAUCAUUUAUCACUUGUGUGGGCACUGGAGUGCAAUGAUAGAUGGAAGAAUUUAAGAACAAUAUGCAGAAGUGAGCUCUUCUCGGGCAAGGCAAUGGAGUCUCAAGCAUGUUUGAGAGAGAGAAAGGCAAUAGACAUGGUGAAUUUUUUGGGUGCAAAGAAGGGAAAGGAAGUGAAAGUUGGAGAACUGGUUUUUGCCACUAUUUUUAAUAUGAUGAGUAAUGUUCUUAUAUCAAGAGAUUUUAUCAUAUUGGAGAAGCAGAGUGUGGAUGGGGGGAUGAAGGGUCUUCUUGGAAAAUAUAUUGAUUUUAUUUCAGCUCCAAAUCUGCCUGAUUUUUAUCCAAUUUUAGGUGCAUUAGAUCUUCAGGGUUUAAACAAGAAGGCAAAGGAAGCGGUUUUGAGGAUGUGUGCUAUGUGGAAGCCCAUUAUCGAAGACAGAAGAGAAGGAAGAAAAGGCAAUGCUUCAGGCCAAAAGGACUUCUUGGACACCCUCAUCGACAAUUCUUGUACCAAUGAUCAAAUCAACCAUCUGCUCCUGGAGCUAUUUGCUGGUGCUACAGACACUAGCACUUCAACAAUUGAGUGGGCAAUGGCAGAAUUGAUAAAAAAUCCAGAAUCCAUGAAGAAAGUUUGUGAAGAAUUGACAAGAGAAACCAACCACAAUACGCUGAAAGAAUCCCAUCUAGCUCAACUACCUUACCUUCAAGCCUGUGUAAAAGAAACUCUGAGAUUGCAUCCUCCAGCACCAUUUCUGCUUCCUCACCGUGCACCUGACUCAUGCCAAGUGAUGAAUUACACAAUCCCAAAAAAUUCUCAAGUGGUAGUAAAUGUUUGGGCAAUUGGGAGAGACCCCAUGGUUUGGGAAGAGCCAUUGAAAUUUAAACCAGAGCGAUUCCUCAAUGCAACAUUGGAUUUCAAAGGGAAUUAUUUUGAAUUCUUACCCUUUGGUGCGGGAAGAAGAAUCUGCCCUGGUCUUCCCAUGGGAGCAAAGCUAGUUCCUUUAAUACUUGCUUCACUGUUACAUUCUUUCGAUUGGUCUCUUCCGCAUGGAAAUGAUCCCAAUGAGCUAGACAUGAAUGAGAAGUUCGCUGUAACACUGCAUAAGGAACAACCCCUGGUCCUCAUUCCUACAAUUAAAUAAUGACAAUGGAGUGCUCCAAUCUCCUUAGGUUCUGUACUAGUAUGAUCACUUAAAUCAUAUCUCCUAUCUGGUAUUCAUCACUAAUAUAUUCCUGUUAUAGUGUGCUUCUUGUAGAACAAAAGUUCAAUUUAUAGUUUCAAUAUAAAGUUGCACUUUUCUUCAUCAAAA